AUGGCGGCGCAGAAGCUUUGCCACGGAAACAAUGGCGAACCACGGACGGCAGUGCGGCAACAAGGAAGGGGCAGCAGGAGAGCAGGGGCUAAAGUGGAACCCGAGAAGCUGCAGGUGCUGUCACGGGCAGACAUGUUGCACUACGUGGAUGUAAGAGACGCGUGGGACCGGCAAGAGUGCGAGUGCUGCUUCGACCGCGCCGUGAGCUACCGCGCACAGCUCGCACUUCGCAUGGUGGGCCUAUCAGGAUUCCGUUCCCUCCUUCUGAUGCGCCUGCCCGACUCCAUCCCGCUUGUCCCUUUCAAUCAACCACCCAGCGCCAUUGUCGAGUACUCUGCAGGAGUACACAUGAAGCCUCUGGAGGGUCUGUCGCCACCUCAGCCAGUGUUGGGCGUGAAGUGUGUGGUGGCGCCGAUGCGCUGUGCCGAGGCAAUGAUUGUCGAGUGGAUGGCGGAGCCUCGAGUGGGCGUGCUCAUGGACCUGGGGAGGAUCAGAUCCCGCCUGCCUGCCAUUCUGGCUGCUACAGAUGCUGCUACAACUACAGGAGCGCCUCCUGCAACACCUGCUGCAUCUGCUGCCGCUAGAGGAACCUGGGCUACUCGCUGGGCUGCCUACCGCCGUGCUGUCAGCUUCGCUGCCUUCCUCGUGCUUGUAGCGAGGUGCCCGCGUGUUGUGAACUUAAGGAGGUUGUCUUUGUCUACUCACUCCGCCGCUUAUCCGGCUGCCAUGCAGCUGGGGGCGGCCAGGCAGAUUGAGAACGAUUGCUUUGCGUCCAUGCUGGUGCAGGUGCUCGGGGUGAAGGAGAGCGUUGAGCUGCAGGAAGGGUUUGGGUUCUUCGUGCAGCAUGUGCUGUCAGGCGGACUGGAGAAGGCGCACGCGGAGGGGAGGGGCGCAGCUGAGGGGGAGACUGCUGGGAGUGCGCAGGGUGAGGAGGCACAGGCGGGUGGCGAGGUGAUGGAUUGGGGUGGGCGCAUGGAAAUGGAGGAGAAGCAGGGGGAUGACCUGUCAAAGGUGAUUGCGACACAGGUUGGUGGUGGUGGUGUGAGGGACAGAGGGUACGAAGGGGAACCGAAGCAUAGCAGCAAGGCGAGCAGAGGGGAAGAGAGGCGACGCGGCGAGGCGAAUCAUUCAGUUGCUGGGGAGGGUGGCAGAGGGGGGAAGAAUGGAAAGUGGAGGGAGAAUCUGAAGGGGCGUGAAUGGGAGAGGUACGUGGAUGGCAUAGCUUGGAUUCUGGCGCAUGGAGAGGGGGAAGGGAGGGAGUUUAGAUGCAGGCACUGCAGUGAGGAGGGCAGGCACUGCAGUGAGGAGGGCAGGCACUGCAGUGAGGAGGGCAGGCACUGCAGUGAGGAGGGCAGGCACUGCAGUGAGGAGGGCAGGCACUGCAGUGAGGAGGGCAGGCACUGCAGUGAGGAGGGCAGGCACUGCAGUGAGGAGGGCAGGCACUGCAGUGAGGAGGGCAGGCACUGCAGUGAGGAGGGCAGGCACUGCAGUGAGGAGGGCAGGCACUGCAGUGAGGAGGGCAGGCACUGCAGUGAGGAGGGCAGGCACUGCAGUGAGGAGGGCAGGCACUGCAGUGAGGAGGGCAGGCACUGCAGUGAGGAGGGCAGGCACUGCAGUGAGGAGGGCAGGCACUGCAGUGAGGAGGGCAGGCACUGCAGUGAGGAGGGGGGCAGCAACAGUGGCGGUGAUGUGCAAUUGAAAGGUAUUCCCAAGGGCAUGUAUGUGAGUGGGGUAAGCGCCACGGAGUUCGCUCUUGCUUUGGCCGUGGAGCUGUCUAAGCCAGAGAGCUGCAUGGAGGCGGUUCUAUACAUGCUGGAUGGGAACAAUGCCAACAAGGUGAGAGUGGAAGAGGCAGCAAUCGAGGAGGCUAGAAGCAGGCUGAGAAGAGGAGUAGGUGGAAAGGGCAGAAAAUGGGAUUCAGGAGGAAUAGGAGGAGGCACGAGAGGGGCAGCAGCAGACACGAGAGGGGCAGCAGCAGACACACGUAGGAAUGGUCGCAUGGAGAUGGAGUGGGAGGAAUGGUCGCAUGGAGAUGGAGUGGGAGGAAUGGUCGCAUGGAGAUGGAGUGGGAGGAAUGGUCGCAUGGAGAUGGAGUGGGAGGAAUGGUCGCAUGGAGAUGGAGUGGGAGGAAUGGUCGCAUGGAGAUGGAGUGGGAGGAAUGGUCGCAUGGAGAUGGAGUGGGAGGAAUGGUCGCAUGGAGAUGGAGUGGGAGGAAUGGUCGCAUGGAGAUGGAGUGGGAGGAAUGGUCGCAUGGAGAUGGAGUGGGAGGAAUGGUCGCAUGGAGAUGGAGUGGGAGGAAUGGUCGCAUGGAGAUGGAGUGGGAGGAAUGGUCGCAUGGAGAUGGAGUGGGAGGAAUGGUCGCAUGGAGAUGGAGUGGGAGGAAUGGUCGCAUGGAGAUGGAGUGGGAGGAAUGGUCGCAUGGAGAUGGAGUGGGAGGAAUGGUCGCAUGGAGAUGGAGUGGGAGGAAUGGUCGCAUGGAGAUGGAGUGGGAGGAAUGGUCGCAUGGAGAUGGAGUGGGAGGAAUGGUCGCAUGGAGAUGGAGUGGGAGGAAUGGUCGCAUGGAGAUGGAGUGGGAGGAAUGGUCGCAUGGAGAUGGAGUGGGAGGAAUGGUCGCAUGGAGAUGGAGUGGGAGGAAUGGUCGCAUGGAGAUGGAGUGGGAGGAAUGGUCGCAUGGAGAUGGAGUGGGAGGAAUGGUCGCAUGGAGAUGGAGUGGGAGGAAUGGUCGCAUGGAGAUGGAGUGGGAGGAAUGGUCGCAUGGAGAUGGAGUGGGAGGAAUGGUCGCAUGGAGAUGGAGUGGGAGGAAUGGUCGCAUGGAGAUGGAGUGGGAGGAAUGGUCGCAUGGAGAUGGAGUGGGAGGAAUGGUCGCAUGGAGAUGGAGUGGGAGGAAUGGUCGCAUGGAGAUGGAGUGGGAGGAAUGGUCGCAUGGAGAUGGAGUGGGAGGAAUGGUCGCAUGGAGAUGGAGUGGGAGGAAUGGUCGCAUGGAGAUGGAGUGGGAGGAAUGGUCGCAUGGAGAUGGAGUGGGAGGAAUGGUCGCAUGGAGAUGGAGUGGGAGGAAUGGUCGCAUGGAGAUGGAGUGGGAGGAAUGGUCGCAUGGAGAUGGAGUGGGAGGAAUGGUCGCAUGGAGAUGGAGUGGGAGGAAUGGUCGCAUGGAGAUGGAGUGGGAGGAAUGGUCGCAUGGAGAUGGAGUGGGAGGAAUGGUCGCAUGGAGAUGGAGUGGGAGGAAUGGUCGCAUGGAGAUGGAGUGGGAGGAAUGGUCGCAUGGAGAUGGAGUGGGAGGAAUGGUCGCAUGGAGAUGGAGUGGGAGGAAUGGUCGCAUGGAGAUGGAGUGGGAGGAAUGGUCGCAUGGAGAUGGAGUGGGAGGAAUGGUCGCAUGGAGAUGGAGUGGGAGGAAUGGUCGCAUGGAGAUGGAGUGGGAGGAAUGGUCGCAUGGAGAUGGAGUGGGAGGAAUGGUCGCAUGGAGAUGGAGUGGGAGGAAUGGUCGCAUGGAGAUGGAGUGGGAGGAAUGGUCGCAUGGAGAUGGAGUGGGAGGAAUGGUCGCAUGGAGAUGAAGCUGUUGCGAAGCUUCCUGAUGACUCCGAUGCGAGAUUCUUUCAACUGGGUAUUGUGGAGGAGAGUGCAACGGGAGUGGAGCACGGGCAGAGGGUAACGGAACAAGAUUUAAAGUCUAGGAGGAAGCACAAUAGGGAGAAGGGCCGAAGAGCCAAGGCAUCUGGCCAAGGAGGUGACGUCAGAGGGGGUGAUGCGAAGAGAGGGUCUGGGGAAGACCAACGAGGCAUUUCACAUGCAGCAUCCGGCAUGGCUGUUGGGCAGCCGACUGCGAGAGGAGAGGUGCCCAUCAUCCGGUGCGUGGAGGAUGCAGAGUUCAUUGUGGACGCCAUCAGCCUCGUUGCGGGUCCACCCGCAUGCGCCACCUGCAUCUGCUGCUACCGCAGCUACACCUCCUUCAUCCCAUCCAUCGCUCUCGUCGCCAAGUUUGCCUACCGCCCCCUCAGUGUCCUCGUCAACCGCUUUCUGUCCGUCUUCCCGCCGCACUCCGCUGAGUUUGAUAAGCUUGUGAGGGUUAUGGGGUUGUCGCCGUUUCCCCCAGGACCACCAGCGCGGGCCAACCUGGCGAGGCUGCGUGGGGAGAUAGCGGCGGAGCGCCUUGGCUUCUUCAUGUUCACCGCCCUCACGUGGCCGGCGUCCAUUCUGGAUCUGCCGCAGUUUGAGAGCAAACGGGCGGAGGAGGGGUGUGGGCUUCGAGUGAAGAAGAAGGUGGGUAGGAAGAAAGGGAAGGCACGAGGGGAGGAGGAGGAGGAGGAUGAUGGGGAGGUGUGGGAGGAGUUGCAGUCGUGGUGCUACACGGCGUCGGUUGCCUGGCCGUCCCUCAUGCGUGCUGCGUUAAGCAAUCCCGAUGACAACGGUUGCGAGAUCGAGCCAUGGGGAGAAGCAGCACUAGCAGCGGCGGUCGUGGUGCGGUAA